AUGUCAUCUUCCUGUUUAAUGCCUGAAGGUGGGACAUUGGAGAGGAGCGCUCCGAGAAGCAUGGCGGCUACCAAUCCUUCAUCCUGCCACGCUUUUCUCCUCUUCUUCUUCUUCUUCUUUUCCUUCCUCGUCAGCCGGCCAGCACUCACCCAGGACACUUCCUUGUCCACAGCGACAGUAACGGAGAGCGACCCCCUUCCCACCCACACCAAACUGGGCAACCAGACAGCUCCAAGCUAUGAGGACGUAACCCAGGAGACUCCUCCAGAGACGGGGCCCUCCACCCCCACCAGUGGUGGAGACGCCGACGACGAGGACGUCCCUCCGGCCGGAGGGACCCGGUGCCAGGGUUAUUAUGACGUGAUGGGCCAGUGGGACCCGCCCUUCAACUGCAACGCAGGGGUCUUCCUUUACUGCUGCGGCACCUGCUUUUAUCGCUUCUGCUGCCAGUUCCGUCAGCAGAGGCUGGACCAGACCAUCUGCUCCAACUAUGACACGCCCAUCUGGGCCAACACCGGCAAGCCUGUGGCCACCAUCACAGAGGGCCAGGGGGAUUCGGACCGGGACCGUACACACCUCAUUGUUUACAUCAUAUGCGGCGUGGUUGCCGUCAUGGUGUUGGUGGGCAUCUUCACCAAACUGGCUCUGGAGAAGACCCGUGGGGGAAGUGGGGGAGGAGCGGGGAUACCUCAGACUGACCUUAACACCAGGACGCUGACAGACCUGUUGAAGCAGCAGGGAAGUGAGGCGUGCGCGGUAGAAAAUACCACGGAUGAUUCGCCCAACGGAGGGAGAGCCAACGGCGUCUCAACAAGGAUGCUGCGUAGUAGGAGUGAACAGUACCAGCUGAAUAACUCAGCCUAUGGCGCAUUUGGACAAGGGCUUCCACAGCCGCACAAUAACCACAGCACGCUGGGACUGAACAAAUACGCCUCUCUCAAAGCUGUGGCAGAAACUGCUUCCCGUAGCUACUAUAAGAGCUUUCCUGUCAUGGACUUCUCCACUUACCAACCCGUAGCACCUCCUGCCUUCCAGUCUUCCCAGCCUAAGGAGAAGUCAUACAUCCACCAGCCGCUGCCAGCGCACCAUGACCUUCACGCCCCUCUAUCUAUCUCCAUCCCAUCUGACCACUUUGAGCAAUCGCGCCUCCCCAAGACCACCACACACCCGUUCAUCUCCAACUCCGCCUUCAAAGCCUGGGAACCCUCUGCCCGCCACGUCCAUCGGCAGACCUCUGCUCCGGCGCACACCUCCACCUCCCUGCACAGCUCCACCCGGAGACACGGCUACUCAACGCGGAGGCAACAGAGCAUAGAGAACAUGAAAGAUGUCCUUAAUCAGUCCUAUGAAGGUAGGCAUGGAGGAGCUGGAGGUGGAGGACGGCAGAGUCACCAUGGGCAGGGGCAGCACACUUCUCAACCCUCAUAUUACAACCACCCCAGGCAGAAGAGCUACUCCACCCACAGUGCCACUGAGGUGACUGUUUGAGUGUUUCAUUGAGAGCGACCUACCACAAUAUUAACCACAACGAAAAUUUUGGGGUGCGCCAGAUGCUGCGCUUCCUCACAAUCUGCCCAACAUGUAAGGGGGUUAAGCGUGGAGACUCUUUCCAAUACACAAAUAAGCAACAACUCAGAGUUCCAGCUUGAGG